UGACUCCUUUCAAACUCCAGCCUGGAGGGAGAUGACAAAUGGAGGGGGGCACCCCCACUUUAAAAACGGAGUUCUGAAUGGGGGUUCCCACAGCACCACACGCUACAUGGUGAAGAAGCAGCGCCACAGACGCAGGUCCUCCUCACCGAUGGGCAGGGUCAUUCUCAUCAAUGCACCUGUUGAUGGAGGCGAUGACAGUGAAGACAUUCACACAGUGACAGUAGAUAAGAGUCCAGAUGGGCGUCUGGGUUUCAGUGUCCGCGGGGGCUCUGAACAUGGACUCAGCAUAUUUGUCAGUAAGGUGCAGGACAACAGCCCUGCAGCGGAGGCUGGGCUGACUGUGGGUGAUAAGCUGGUGGAGGUGAACGGGGUCAGCCUGGAGAGCAUCACCAUGAGCAGUGCUGUGAAGGUCCUGACAGGAAACAACAGGCUGAGGAUGGUGGUGAGACGGGUGGGCAAGAUCCCCGGCAUCCGCUACUCUAAGGAGAAGACCACAUGGGUGGAUCUGAUUCAUCGGCGGAUGGUAGUGGAGGAGAGUGGUCGUACCCCGUCAGAGGCCAGUUCAGACAGCGCUCUCCGCAGGAUCGUACAUCUCUUCACCACGUCAGAUGAUUAUUGCUUGGGCUUCAACAUCAGAGGAGGAAGAGAGUUUGGAUUGGGGAUUUAUGUGUCUAAGUUGGACCCAGGUGGACUUGCAGAGCAGCAUGGCAUCAAAAUGGGGGAUCAGAUCCUUGCAGCUAAUGGGGUGAGCUUUGAUGACAUCACUCACAGCAAUGCGGUGGAGGUCCUGAAGAGCCACACCCAUGUCAUGUUGACCAUCAGGGAAGCUGGCAGAUACCCCGCGUACAAGGAGAUGGUGGCAGAAUACGGCUGGCUGGAAAAGUUAGCCAAUGGAGGCCCUCCACCAUCAUCACAGGGUUCAGACUCCAACUCUUCUGCCUCGUCAUUGUCCUCCACCACCCCUCUCAGUUCCCUCAGUGGUCUCUCCCAGGUCCUCUUCCCUCCUGUCUUUGGCUCAGAGAUGGUAGACAUUGGCAUCUGCACUGAGGACCACUCCCGACGUCCAAGCAGUACUGAUCGAACUGCUGACUCCGCCAUACAGACUGAACCCCAACCUCCAAACUACCAGGACCACCUGUUGCCUAACGGGUCACACCCCGAAAGGCUGUCCACCACAGAAACAAGCCGGACUGUAGGUGCCACAUUAGUGUUGAAGGACACGGUCAUACGAGCUGGAGAAGGUGGACAGGGACGGGUGAAAACGCUGUCAUCAGGGGAGCAGGAAGUUGAGAAACACUCACCAAAGACAGCAGCUCUGAUGGCCCUGAGCAGACCGCGGAAGCCAAUCAGUCGUUCCCAGAGUCACAUCACAGAGUCAGAGGAGAGACAGAAGAAGAAAAGGCAACACAGGGAGAAAAGCUCAGAGGAGGGUAAAACUAGUCUGAAACGCUCCAAAACCUUUGUCAACCUCUUAUUUAAGAAAGACCGUAAAGAGAGGAGUCGCUCCAAGUCGCCGUCUCACCGUGCAAACAAAGUUAAGGAACGGGGGCGCCCAUUCCACCUCUUGACCUCCCCGAGGGAAUCCCGAGCUGGCAGCCCACUGCCCCGACUCGAGGUCCUGCAGCACGUGGAGGACAUGGCAAAGAAACUGCUCAGUCAGGAUGAGGUGGCUGCUGUGAUGAGACACUGUCGGCGAUUUCUGUCCGACUCUGUGAUCGAGGACUUGGUGCGUCCCCUUCUGGCAAUCUUGGACAGGCCAGAGAAACUGCUGCUUCUCAGGGAAAUAAGAAUGCUGAUACCAACGACUGAGUUGGGUCGCUUCGACAGCAUGGUCAUGCCUUUUGAGCUGGAAGCGUACGAUAUUCUCAAGAGUCGCUCAUCGCGUUCCCCAGCUCUGCGUUCUCCUCGUAGUGGAACUCCUCGUCGUCACCUCAUCACCCCAAUCCCAGACUACAAGGGUGGAUUUUAUCUGCAGCCGGUCCACAACAGACUGCAUGAGCGCCGGUUGAUCGAGGAGUUGGAGAGACUGCGUGUGUCAGGUCAACGGUCUGGCCAUCUCUCUCCAUCGCGUGCCUUCACCCCUCUGCUGGAUGUACCUGUGGACAACUAUGUAUCCUCUGUGCGCUCCCGUUCCCCAAGCCCCUUGCUCACUCACAGCUUCCUCCUCCAAGAAUCACCACACAGCACUAAACAUGGCCACCAACCCCAUCGAUCCCCAAUCAGAAGAGAGAAUGGGGCGUCGUGGUACGAUGAGGUCUCCUUGUUGUCCGUGUCUGACCGAGGGGACGGGGCUUAUGAACGAGGGCGGUCACCUGUGAGGAAUGGCCAUGGGAGAGCGAGGAGAGAGGGCAGUCCUGACAGUAUAUAUGGCAGACAGAGGAGGCAAGAGGGCUACACGGAGGUCAGCGUACACGUUCCCUCACAGCGGAGAGGUAGAACCCCUCUGGCUGAGGUAUUUGAUCCCCAGAGCGAGAAGAGCCCGUCCAAGGCCAGUGGGAGUGCUCAGCAAGUGAAUGGACACUCACAAAAUGGUCAACAAGUGAAAGGAAGUCAAACUCUACCACCCAAGGAGUGUGAAAUCGCCACUUUGACCAUUUCCAAGGCCAAGCAGUCACUGGGUAUUAGUGUCUCUGGAGGUGUAGAGUCUAGAAUCCAGCCCAUGAUAAAGAUUGAGAAAAUCUUCCCAGGCGGAGCUGCAUCUACAAAUCAGGCUUUGAAGGCAGGGUAUGAGCUGUUGUCUGUAGACGGAGAGAGUCUGCAGGGAGUGACUCAUCAGCACGCUGUGGAUGUAAUUCGGCGUGCAUUCAGCAACAAGGCCAAAGAGCCGAUGGUUUUUGUGGUCAAGGUCCCUAAGGUCUCUACCGACCCCAGCAGCCCCAACAGACUUGCUGACUAAACUCUGUGUGCCUCACAGCCAGGCUGCAGCUCGGGCAUGAAGGACAACAAAACCUGCAGCUCCUCUGGGACUUAAUAAAUACAGGAUUCACCCCAGAAGAAGAAAUAUGGGAUAAGUAGCGCUCCGGUCACAGCGGAGACAGUCAAAGGCAAAGUUAUGACAAAAUAUACCAUAAAGUAUGUCUUGCAUAAAGGUUGCAGCUGGUUUUGAAGACUGAUACAGCUGCAUAUUUGUCAAGAUAAAGGUCACAUUUGCUAUAAUGUAAUGCGAGAUGAAACCCAAAUGUUGCAAUCGUAUGAAUUUUAUAUGAUUCUUAGUUUUUACAAAAAAAUUUAAUAAACGCAUAUGUUGCACGUUUUCUAAAAGACGCUUUUGUGAUAGGAUCGUGUAAUUCAUGAUCUUUGGUUAGAAUAGUGCCACUAUUCAACACGUGGCAACUUUGCCGUGACCUCUGAGCACUGUCUGAUAGUGGAGUCAGUGGUCUGCACUUUUUACUUGAAGCAUCUCAGCCCAGCAGCCCUGCAGGCAUGCCAGAGGGAGAUUACCUCAGCCAGCAUUAUGAGAUAGAUUUAU